AUGCUGCUGGAGAAGCCCGACUACGACGCCAAGCUCUGCGCGAUCUUCGAUGUGCUCGGCGUUCCUGAUGACAGCACGUGGCCGUGGUUCUCGUCGACACCAUUCGCCACCGAGGUGGUGCCGGAGCUGGACAUGCAGCGGUACAACCUCCUGCGCGAUCUGUUCCCCGAGACGAAGCUGUCCAGGGAUGGAUUCGAGGUCCUCAGUGGCCUGCUCACAUGCAAUCCCGACAAGAGGCUGACGGCAGCCGCCGCGCUCGAACACCCAUGGUUCGCCAAGGUCGACGGUCUGGAGCUACCAAAGAAAGAGAAGAUUGCGUCCACGUUGCCCAAGCCACACAAACGACAGAGGUUGCGUGCUGUGUGCGUGUGA